CUACACUAACUAGAUUCAGGAAAAUCGCAACAAUUUUAAUAAUUGCAGUACUUUAAUCCUCGGUCACCCUUCGCCUGCUUUCAGUCACGUGACUCACGGACGCCCGCGUGACCUUUGCGUACAAGCGCAGCACCAAGCUAUGGCUCAAAAUAGUGCUAAAGAAGAUGAUUAUAGUAAUAAAGAGCCGCUGCCGGACAACAAAGUGCCCGAAGAGCACAAAGCAGCGGCGGAGAGUAAGCGGAAGGAAGAGGAGUUGGGCUACAGCUUAUACCCCGAGCGCAACAGCAGCAAGUACAAGCAGGGCUCGAUCGGAGAGAGUCUCUUCACCUUUAAACACAAGUGUCAAAUCAUGCUGCAGUUCGCCAUGGACACUAGUCCUUAUGCUAAACUCCUGUUGGGUGCCAUGAAGAGCUCCGGCUGUACAGUUUAUAAAGACAGACAUUUCUCCUGUGAGGACUGUGAUGGGACCGUCAGCGGAGGCUUUGAUGCCGCUACCUCUCAGAUCGUUUUAUGCCAGAACAACAUCCAUCAGCAGGCUCACAUGAACCGUGUGGUGACGCACGAGCUCAUCCACGCCUUCGACCACUGCAGGGCCCGAGUCGACUGGUUCAGCAACUUCAGACACCUGGCCUGUUCAGAGAUCCGAGCUGCCAAUCUGAGUGGAGACUGUUCAUUCGUCAACGAAAUUUCCAGAUUUAACUUUGGCCUGAAAGAGCACCAUCAGGCGUGUGUUCGGGGCCGAGCGCUGCGCUCCAUCCUCGCCGUACGCAAGGUGAGCCGAGAGGAGGCGGAGCGAGUGGUUGACGAGGUGUUUGACAGCUGUUUCCAUGACCACGCCCCCUUCGGCCGCAUCCCACACAGCAAGAAAGACGCCAAGUUUGCCCACAGGGAUUACGAGAACCGAGACCGAUACUACGCAAACCUCUGACGGCUCUGUUCGAAACACAUCGGUGCUUCAGUAAUGCAAUCAAGACCAACUGACGGAUGAGAGACGACAGAAGUAUAAUAAACUGUGCUGUUCGUUCAUGUUCACUACAUGCUGAAGGAAAAAUUAUGAGCACAUACUUGCCUUUUUCAUCACUAAAUGUUUGACAACACGAUCAGUGGUGUUCUCCAUCUGAGCAUCAGUUUGAAAGGGACGGAAUUAUUUAUUGAUGGUUUGAUGAUCAAAUCUAUCUUUGUAUAUGAUUGUACAGGUUUUUAUGAGUUGUUCUUGCAAACAUUCAGUGUUUAUGGAGACUCAGGUUUCUAUAAUAAUCUGAGAUCUGCACAAAAACUGAAAACCUUUCAAUUCAAAUAAUGGAGAAUUAAAUAAACAUUAUUUUAUGUGA